UUACUAACAUUGUUGUAGGUUAAGAUUUUGUGGUGUAUUUGUUGUUAGUCCUAUAGGUAAUCUAGUUCAAUUUAAUUUCAUACUGACUUUAGUGUUUUGUAUAAGUUCGACUCGUUUUCAUCAUGUGAAAACCAUUUGAUGAAUUAUUAACAAUAAUACCAGUGUGUUAUAUAUAUGGAAGCCAUCCGACACACAAAAGUUUAUAGAAGCCGCCACGGCAUGGAGGGCAUGAUGGACAACUCGGUGGUGAACGUGAGUGCAGGUGUGGUGUGCAGGCAUGGAGGGCAUGAUGGACAACUCGGUGGUGAACGUGAGUGCAGGUGUGGUGUGCAGGCAUGGAGGGCAUGAUGGACAACUCGGUGGUGAACGUGAGUGCAGGUGUGGUGUGCAGGCAUGGAGGGCAUGAUGGACAACUCGGUGGUGAACGUGAGUGCAGGUGUGGUGUGCAGGCAUGGAGGGCAUGAUGGACAACUCGGUGGUGAACGUGAGUGCAGGUGUGGUGUGCCAGGCAUGGAGGGCAUGAUGGACAACUCGGUGGUGAACGUGAGUGCAGGUGUGGUGUGCAGGCAUGGAGGGCAUGAUGGACAACUCGGUGGUGAACGUGAGUGCAGGUGUGGUGUGCAGGCAUGGAGGGCAUGAUGGACAACUCGGUGGUGAACGUGAGUGCAGGUGUGGUGUGCAGGCAUGGAGGGCAUGAUGGACAACUCGGUGACCACGGCCUUCCUGCAGUGCCGCACGGUCAGGAUAGGCUCCUACAAGGUGGUUCCCCGGGAGCCGGUGGUCAUCUCGCCCCACGGGAUCAGGAUAUCCGUGCCGUGCGUCGAUGAUGCUCCCCACUGCUGCGCCACAGAAACCGAGUGUAUACCCGUCACCCUGGACAUGAAGGAGAUAGUGAAGGCGCUGAUCUACUUCGGGCGCGGCCGGGGCAUCCCGGUCAUCUUCCUGUACACGGAGCCGUACGUGGGCCCCCGGCUGCGGACCACGCUCAACAUGACGGACAGCCAGCGGGCGUACUUCGACCCCAUGAGCUCAGACGAGACGCAGCGCUGGAUCACGCUGCUGCCGGAGGUGCUGCAGGACGAGACCAAGUCCGCCCUCAAGUCCAUCUUCGGCUCCCUGGACAACGUGCUGAACGAGCUGGACAAGGAGAAGGCAAACGACAUUCUGGUGAAGACUUCUCCCAAGGUGGCCGUCAACUUGCACCAACAUAGCGCUCACCACCAGCACUAACUGCCAACCGUUUCCCAAGUUAACAUUAAUAUCAGUGAUGUGGCGAAUCUUAAGUAAAGGAAAUCUGCCAUGCAGUGCACUGUAAAGACACUCCGAGAGCAGGCUGCUACAAGGAACAUUUGAGAUUGUCCUGCAAAGUUGGUAGCUUUGUUUUGAAUGUGGU